AAAAUUAGGGUUCUUACUUCUUUCUCUCUGAAUAGCAAGCUUCUUCUCUCUCAGUCGGUUGUAUCUCUUUCGUACGUCACCAUGUCCGCCGCCGCAGGGGAGAAUGCGCCGCCGCCGGAAAUGAAUUACAUAUCGGAGGUGGUGUUGAAGAAGAGGAAGAACAACGAGGAUUGGGCAAUCCGAAGAAAAUUGCAGCUUCAGGAGAGGGCUAAACGCUCUAAAUUCGGCAAUUCCUUCAUCAAGAAGCCCGAACAAUUAAUUCGAGAAUAUCGCGAUAAAGAGUUGGACUUCGUUCAAAUGAAGAGCAGGGUAAAACUAAAAAGACGGACACCUGUCGCGCAGGAUUCCCGGCUUUUAUUCGUCAUACGCAUACGAGGUAAGAACGAUAUGCAUCCGAAAAGUCGGAAGUUGUUGUACUCUUUGAGAUUGAGGAAAAUAUUCAGUGGAGUUUUUGUUAAGGCAAGUAAAGGGAUGAUGGAGAUUUUGCAAAAGGUGGAGCCUUAUGUAACUUAUGGUUAUCCAAGUAUGAAGAGUGUGAAGGAUUUGAUUUACAAGAAGGGUAUUGUGAAAAUUGGCAAGGAGAGAGUUCCUCUAACCGACAACAACAUUGUCGAGCAGGAGCUAGGCCAGCAUAACAUAAUAUGCAUAGAAGACAUUGUGAACGAGAUUGCCAGUGUGGGCCCGCAAUUCAAGACGGUCACACGUUUUCUCUCGCCCUUCAAACUGAACAAUCCCGACAAGGCACUGCGCGGUAAGAAGAAACGGUUCGAAGAUGGCGGAGACUCUGGUAAUCGUUUGGACCGCAUAAAUGAUUUGAUCGGCAAGAUGAAUUAAUUUAGCACAAUAAGAAAAACGAAAAAUUUGUUAUUGUUGUAGUAGGUACUUGGGUAAACGAAUCUCGGAUUUUGCUAAGUUAAUUCUUCGUCCCUUUUGUUGAUGGAAUAUUGAGCCUCGUAUUUGGUGUUAUAUCAUAUGGAGUUUUUGUUUUAUAA